GAUGAAGGGUUGAGCGGUCGGGCUGUCGGUCGGACGGCUGGUCGGCUGGUCGGCUGGUCGGGCGGUCAAAUUGUCUGCUGGUUGAUCCCUCAGGCAGUCGGUGGUUCACUUGAGCUGCACUUAAAGCCAAACUCGACCCAAACCACCCUAAAUGGCCGGGAGGGGAGUGCCGGCAUGUGCACUCCUCGCGACAGUCUUCCAUCCUGUAACGGAGGGGACGGGCUUCUUGAUGCCGUUCACAGAAAGUGUGACAAAUCCAUGCGAAGCACACUUCAAAACCUGUCGCCCGUGCCUACAUGUCGCACCAGCCGCCAGACAACCAAUUCCCCUCUCGACCCUCUCGUUCAUCUCCUCGAAACCGCACCCUCGACUCUUCUUUCUCCAUCUCCACUUGUCACCACCUCGCCAUCCAGACGGCAUCGGUACUUGAGGUGA